ACCACUCUCCUCCUCCUCCUCCUCCUCCUCCUCCUCCUCUAUAAAUACCGCACCAUCACCAUUACUCUUCUCGUGCCAUCUACUAGUUUUCUCCUCAUUCCCAUCUACAGAGAGAGAGAGAGAGAGAGUUUUGCUUUUGAUAAAUACACAUCUAUAGAGAGAGGGAGAGUUUUUCUUUUGAUAAAUAGAGAGACUAGUGAUUUUUCUUCUGAUUAAGAGAGAGAAGAGAGAAUUCAUUCCCACUUUUGAUAAGUAAAGAGAUAAGGGAGACUUCAUUUACCACUUUCUCUCUCUAAGAUAGUACAUUCACCAGUUUCUCUCUCUACAAAAUGUCCAUUUCUCCAGAAAACGAGCACCCUCAAAAGGUUGUGGGUUGGGCUGCAAGGGACGCAUCUGGUGUUCUAUCUCCCCUCAACUUCUCUCGCAGGGCCAAUGGUGAGGAGGAUGUGACGAUAAAGAUCGUGUAUUGUGGGAUUUGCCAUUCUGAUCUUCACGCUAUUAAAAACGAGUGGGGGAACACCAUCUAUCCAAUUGUGCCAGGGCACGAGAUAGCAGGGAUUAUAACAGAGGUUGGAAGCAAUGUUAAGGAGUUCAAAGUGGGUGACAAGGCGGGGGUUGGGUGCAUGGUUGGGGCAUGCCAUAAUUGUGAGGCUUGCGAGCAAAGCCUUGAAAAUCUGUGCCCCAAAGUCAUCUUUACUUAUAAUUCAAUCUACUAUGAUGGCACUAAAACCUAUGGUGGCUAUUCAGACAAGAUAGUUCUUGACAAGCGCUAUGUUGUCCGUAUCCCUGAAAACCUACCGCUCGAUGCUACAGCUCCUUUGCUAUGUGCAGGGGUCACUGUGUAUAGCCCCAUGAAACAUUAUGGCCUCACAGAACCUGGUAAGCAUCUUGGGAUUGUUGGGCUUGGUGGACUUGGUCAUGUGGCUAUAAAAUUUGCUAAGGCUUUUGGGCUCAAAGUUACAGUCAUUAGUACAUCUCCUAAAAAGGAGAAAGAGGCCACUGAGAUACUUGGUGCUGAUAAGUUUUUAGUGAGCCGCAAUCCUGAGCAAAUGCAGGCUGCUAUGUGUACCAUGGAUUAUAUCCUUGACACUGUUUCCGCUGAACACGCAUUGGUACCCCUCCUCUCUUUACUCAAGUCUAAUGGAAAGUUGAUUGUGGUGGGAUUGCCAGAAAAACCCUUUCUACUUCCUGCUUUCCCCUUAAUUGCUGGGAGGAAGGUUAUAGGAGGAAGCAUCAUCGGUGGGAUGAAAGAGACACAAGAUAUGAUCAAUUUUGCCAGCAAACACAACAUCACUGCUGAUAUUGAGCUUGUAAAGAUGGACUAUGUGAACACUGCCAUGGAGAGGUUGGCAAAAGGCGAUGUGAGAUAUCGCUUUGUGAUAGAUGUGGCCAACUCCUUGUCAGCUAAAUACUAGAAGUCCACUUGCUGGAUUUACAGGACUUAAGACUAUGAAUUGUGGUUUCAUUUUGUUUUUCUCUUAUGUAUUUCUUCUCAUUUUUUGGUUUUUCUAAAAGGGUAGAUUACUGUAUAUCAUCAGUCUUUGAUUUUGGGAAUUGAACAUUGAAUUCUUGAGAUGUUCACUAUUUAGAAUAUAGUUUUCUUCUAUACAAACUUGAUGUGUGCCUCA